AUGACUGCCCCUAUAUCUUCCACCGGCGAAUUAGCCAAAGCCAUCGCUUUUCAACCGGGGCCCGUAACUGCAGACGUGCGACGAGCUGCUCAGGGGCUGGAGGCCGCCAUUCUGCAGACACAGGCCUUGGUGUUACCUCAUGCUGCAGACAUUGAAAGGCAGGUUGGGCAAUCCGGGAACCUUUUGGAAAGAGCCACUGUUACUCAACGUGAUCUGGAUGAAGUGGAGAAUGAAUUUGAUGCCAAUCAGCCAAAGACAUCACAGGAGGGUAGUUAUCUUGCUGAGAUUACACUCAAAUCCCUCCGAUCUCUGAAGGUCAGCUACGACAGGUUGAAGGCUGUGGAGGAUGCUGUUUGGUCUGGUCAAAGUGUUGACACGACAAUACGACAAGACCUCAAGGGCAUUAGCGAAAUCGACUCUCAGCGUGAUCGCGGUCAGUUGCUGGACUCCCUAGUCAAAGAGCAACUGUCUACGGCGUGGUCGGCAGCGUUCGAGAUUGAACAACCGACGAGGGUGACAAUGACCUUGGGCAACCACUCUGCGCUUACCCAGUCGUCCACCAUCGCCGAGCUUUGCGAAGCAUUGCAAGGUUUGGGCAUUUUGGGCCAGUGCCUCGCGCAACUCCAGACUCGGAUAUUACGCGAGCUUGUCACGCCGCUAGUGAGCUCUCGUUCGCUGGUGUCUGAAGGCUAUGGCUCAGAGCUUCGAGAGCUUCGAUUCAAGCAGAAGGGUGACGCGAGUCUAAUCGAAGUUGUGUCUUCCAUUCGCGACCUUGUGAGAUUUGUGACACACGCACUGCCCUCUCCGCUCGAAGCUGUGAGCUCGUUUCUGUCGAUGUUCAGCGAAGCUCUCUACCAUCGGGUAUUACAAGAGGUCGUCAUUCCCUCCAUACCACGUGAGCUGAACAAACUUCCGCCAUGGCUCAGUGAUGUCAGGCAAUGUGCCUCCUGGGAGCGUGGAGAGUCUGAAGACUCCCACAAACAGGUCCUGCAAAGAUUUUUGGAUGACCAAGCGGGCACCCGGUGGCUGGAGAGCCACCGCGCGGAAGGCUUGCUCGAAACGCGCAGCCUGGUUUUUGAUGGAUGGAAGGACUGGGACUUCCGCCUGGAGGAAACAAAGCGCCCUACCUCUUCCCGCCCGGAGGAAAAUGCUAUCGAGAGGGACGACGGGUGGGGUUUCGAUGACGAACCCUCCAUUUUGCCUGCAAACGAGGACGGCUGGGACUUUGAUGACCUGGCACCGAUUCCAACAGAUUCGAUCCCAGCGCCGUCGGUCAAGCCGGCUCGGGAGGCGAAGCGCUUGGGAAAGAAGUUGUCUUCCAAACACGCUUCUGCCAGUCAAGAAGCGCUGCUCAAUUCCCGGGAGUUGCAACGAGCGCCCACGCCCAGUGCUCCACCCGUUCACCCCGAGGAGGCCGUUGCUGCACCCAAGUCCUCAGUUAGGGUGUCCGUGGCAACAAGUGCCGCACUGUCUUUGCUCGGCGCCCGACUUCGGGAGUUGCAGGAUAUUGAGAGUUUGAGGUAA